CCCCGAUCGGCCAUCUUUGUAGCUGGCAGCUGUGUUUACCGGCGACGUCACUUCCGGUCAUGUCUGCCGCUUGCUGUCCGCUGACAGAAGAUACGUUCAGCCGUUUCCCGUCUCAGAGCAAUGUGUACGGGCUGUCGGUGCUGCCCUGCCCCGGGCCUGGCGGGCAUGAACUGCUUGCUGCCACCCUGAAGGGAAAAGUCACCAACUUCAAGUACCAGGACCUCCGGGAGAGACUGCGAGCCGGGGCCAGGGAGGUGCAGUUUACCUAUAUACCAGUGGAUGCUGAAAUUGUUUCCAUCGAUUCGUUCAGCAAGUCUCCUCCCAAGCGCGGUCUGGUUGUGGGGAUCACCUUCAUUAAGGAUUCGGGAGAUAAGGCCAGUCCUUUUCUGAAUAUUUACUGUGACUAUGAGCCUGGAUCUGAAUAUAAUCUGGAUUCCAUUGCACAAAGUUGCUUAAAUCUAGAACUGAAAUUUACCCCUUUCCAGCUGUGCCACGCUGAGGUUCAGGAUGGAGAUCAGCAGGAGACAGUGUUUUUACUGGGAGGCAAUGAUCAGUACAUCCAUCUUUACAAAGAGAAUGAAAGCCUUCACCAGUUUGAAGAACAACCAGUUGAAAACCUUUUUCCAGAGCUGAGAGAUCUCCCCAGCAAUGUUACGUGGUUGAGCGUUCAUAACAUCCCAGACACCCAAAGACGCAUUACGGCAUACGGAUGUCAAAGUGGAUAUUUUUGCGUCUCACAUGUUGAUCAAGGAAAGCGAGAGAUUCUGCAGAGCUGGUCACUGCAACAGGAUGGUCCUCUCUCCAAGUUGCUGAUCUUCAGGAUGCCCUGUGCACAGCGUGCAGCAGAAGCGCGGUGUCCUUGGAAUGGUGAAGAUGCUUGCAAUGAACAUACCUUUAAGGAGGAGUAUAGCGUCCUGGUGACCAGUACUAUAGAGCUGUCUGCUGUUUAUAGGAACAUUCUUCAAAAUGGACUCCGAGAACAGGUCCUUCUACCGGAAAGCGACCAGUUUGACAGCGUCCUUUGUGCUGUGACGGCUGAUGUGGACUUUGAUGGAGAGCCAGAGAUAUUACUGGGAACAUAUGGGCAGGAGCUUCUGUGUUACAAAUACGUACAGCGACCGGAUGUGGAGGGACAUUUACAGCUACUUUGGCAGAGAAGUUUCCCAAGUCCCCUGCUGUGCAUGGCUGUUGUAGAUCUGACCUGGGAUGGGCUGUAUGAACUGGCCAUUGUGUGUCUUAAAGGGCUACACAUACUGCAGCACAGUUUGACAAAAACAUCUCAGUGCCUCAUCCGGCGGCUUCGAGAGAAGGUAGAACGCACCAAGAUGUCAGACACGCAGAAGGAUCCAGAUUCUGAACAGCUACCUGACCACCCACCUGACUGCGCCACAGAUAUUCGGAUAUGACUCCUCUCAGAGAGGGGACACGUGAAGGAAAGAUCAACUUCUGUUGAUCAGGUGUAGGUUGGAGAAUCGAUACCUGUUUUGAGUUCUAUUUUUGCUAAGAUCUAAAAGUGAGGUUGUCCUGCCCUAAAGGGUGCUUUUUGAGUGCGCUUUUUUUUUUUCUCUGCCUCAAAUGUACAUUUAUCUGCAUUCCAUAGCCAAGGCCGUUGCAUUGUUGCACUGACUGCGCCUGCAGACUUAAUCCACAUAGACUUCUAUAGGAGUGCCUACAGGGAUUGACUGCAGAGACAAAAGAUUUUAAAGGCAGGAUGACUACAGUGGCUCAGGCCACAGCUGUGGGUUGCAUUGGCCAAACGCGGCAGGAUGGAUUAGUGCACUUUCUGUGAAAGUGCACUUCGCCUUUUUAAGGUGACAAUACUAAGACGACUGCAAGUACAUGUGGUAAACUUUAAGCUGAUCCCUAUCUGUACAGAGCUGUUUGAAUCUUAGGCUCAGACUGUACACACAGCCUUGAGUUCUUUCAAGUAGAGAUGAAGCCCUACCGUUUCUGUUACCUGAGGGCUUCAUUUCUGAUUGAUGAACAAUCAAGGCUUUGUGUAUCACCUGUACCUGGGAUCCAAGGGUUUUCAUGUGGACACAGGAGCUUAGGUAAAACGCUUAUAGUUGGUGCCUACAAUUCAGCAGUGUCCUUGCCUUUAGGCCAGUGGUUUUCCAAACUGCGGCCCGGGGGCCGGAUGUGACCCUUUGCUUGCCUUUAUCCAGCCCUUGGAACUAUUUCUCCCAUGGACACCAACAGGGCAUAAUUCCUUUCACUGAUACUAACAAUGGGGCACUAUUCCACCUACUGACAACAAUGGCAGGAUACUAAUCUUCCCACUGACACCAAUGAUGGGACACUACUCUUUUCAAUGACACCAAUUCCCCCGAUACCAACAAUGGGGCAAUAUUCCUCUCAUGCAUUCAUUUGAUGGGACAUUUGAUUACGUCCAUUGACGGGACAUUUUCUACCCUCACUGGCCACAGUCCGGCAUUCUCAAAGUCUGAAUCAGGAUAGUAAACUGUUCCUUUGUUUAAACAGUUUGGAGACCCCUUCCUUGGGCUCUACUGAGAAAAUUUGAAAUCCUGUUGAACAUACCACGGGUGUUCUGAUGGCAGACCGUUCACUUUGAUUUUCUACACAGGGACUCGAACGUUGAGCAAUUUGGGCUUUCCAUGUUGGAAAAACUUCAUGUACAUUAAUGUGCAUUUCUGAAGCUUGCCAUUGUACGUUCACCCUUGGGUAAACCCAAACAGUGUUAUGAGGGGGCCAAAAUUUUAUCCGUAAAAAUUAGAAUACUUUUUUUGGUAACUGCCUUACAAAGUAACAUUUCCUUGAGUAUUAUAUACUCCUGAAUCUUGAGGCAAGAUGCUAUGAAUAUCAUUACAAAUUAGGAACCAAUAUUGCUGUAGCUCUUAAAGGCUAAAACUAAACUAAACAUCUACAUAUUGUAUAAUCUUCCUAGUGCAUAUCGACAGGAGUACAUAAUAAUCGACCCAUACAUAUACCGUAUAUACUUAAGUAUAAGCCGCCCUCUGCUUAUAAUUGAGUCACCUUUUUGCCCCUAAUCUC